CCACCUGCACCCCCACGACCACCACCAUCACUACUACUAUUGUUCAUCAACACGGGGCCUGAAUUAUGGCCAACAUGACCGACCGAGCGCUCCCAAAAGCGCAAGACAUGGACCGCAUCACGCAAUGGGUAGACUUCUGCCUCAAGGUCAGAACGUCGACCCCCUGGGCCGACAAGUCCAACUUUGGUCUUGUCUUUGCCAUCGAGAACGUUGUGAUGGCCGACGGCUCACUGCUUCCGGGAGCGGCUGAAGCCAUCAAGUGGCUGCUCGAGCAAAAGAAACCCAUCUCCUUUGCCUUUGUCACCAACCUGGACGGUUUUACCGAUCACCUCCAGAAGGAUACCUUGAUCCGGAAGUUUGAGGAGGCUUCGAUACCGAUUACUGCGCGCCGGGUUGUCGUUCGGGGAAAGCCCUUCGCGUUUCUGGUGGACGGGCUCGGGUUUGACGACGAGCACGUCCUGGUCUUCUCAGGCCAGCCCGAGGACGAGAUGCGUAGCCUGGCAGAGAAGUGCGGGUUCAAGCCGUCCAAGGUUUGGACGCCCCAGGACUACCUGAACCGAACAGAGGAUGUCCCCCUCAAGGCCGUCAUGGUUUGGUCUGACUACCCAGACUGGGACGAGGCACUCGAUGCCAUGGAUUCGGCCUUCCGAUCCAACCCAAACGCCUAUCUGCUCGUCUGCUGCGACGACUUUGUCCGAGCCACGGGAGGAGGCGCAUACCGCAGUAUCAGCAGCCAUGUUGUAACCCAUAUGCUUGACAACGCCAAUGUCGCUGUGGACGACUCGGAUACCGCCCCGCGUCGAUGGCGCUGGGCGAACCGGCCCCAGGUGAUCCCUGUCGAUAACUACGGGGCAUCCAUCUGUGGGGAGCUUGAGGCGCGCCUCGAGCAGCUGAACCUGAUGGAGAACGGCAGGGUCUCUGAUAUGGUCCAGACUGUCUAUUUUAUCACUAGCAACCUCCUGCAGGAUGCAAAGAAUGUUGAGCGGCAUCUGCAUCGGACACGGGGUGGCCCCAGAUGGAGGACCUUCCUCGUCGGUGGUUCGCUCGAGAACGGCAUAGAAGGGGACCGGGAAUAUUCCCCGGAUGCCAGUUUUCCCGACAUCAAGGCGGCUGUUUCUGCGGCUUUGGCUGAGCAGAAAAGAAUGCCGGUGCCUUGAGACCCAGUCUUGGAUCCUACGGCAAGCCCGGGCUCACCAC